UGUAUCCUUCGCACUGCAUCCUUUGACUUCCAUUCAUCCAGCAUCAAUGAUCAACAAUUCAUUCCCUACCUUUCAUUCAUUAUGUUGUGCGUAGAUUCAUGGGUGACAUUUGCGUUUUCUGCAAAAGAAAACGGGUUCAGUUGUAAAUAGUGCAUAAAAUGAAAAUAACGGGAAAUUUUCCUUGAAGACUGCAAUUGCACUUCCGAUUGUGGCAAAGAGAUUUCUGCAUUAUCUAGUUAAAAAAGUAUUGAAGUUUGUGUUUCAUAAUGGAAAGUUUAGUUUGUCGAUUAUGUUUAUACAAUAAUGAGAAUAUUUUGUCGAUAUUUGAUGAUCGUCAGCGAGAAUCUAAGCUGCAAGAGAAGCUCCAACAAUAUUUAAAUCUUGAGGUGAAAGAAGAUGAUACUCUUCCAAAGCUGAUAUGCUUAAAAUGCUUCCAAACCGUAGAAAAUUUUCAUGUGUUCUACCAAGAGGUUGCCCAGAAUCAAACCGUUUUUGCAUAUAGCAGUCAACCGGGGAUGAUUGUCAUUAGCGACCAAAGUUCACACACUACCUACAUCCUGCGUGAGGAGGAGGUGAUUGGUCAAUCCUGUAUUGAGCUGGACGACGGGAGUUCAGCGGCAGUAAAGAUUUCAAGUCUCAGUCCCCAGAGUAGCAUACAAUUUCAAAAACCUUCGAUUUCCCAACAAUGCCAAAAUGCUAUAACAUCAAAGCUAACUUUACUGCAACUACCUAGUCCGGUAACGGCCACCGUGUUGAGUACUAUCGAUGCUGAUGGGACUACUGUUGUUUUACCGGUAAACAGUCAUGCUGGUAACGUUUCACCCGAGAUUAUCUCUUCGGAUUUGCCCACCUACGACGAAUCCCAGAAAGCUAAGGUGAUCGUCACCAGCUUCGAUACGUACGAGGAAGGAAGUAGUUCUAAUGUUUCAGAUAAUUACACUCAAAACCAGGAAGCAGGACAACUCGGUAACGAUGGCCCAGAUUAUGAUGAUGAUGUUGAUGAUGAUGACGAGGAAGAUGCUGUUCAAACGCCAGAAGAUUCCAAUAUUCAAUCGAAACAUGGGACUCCGGAAAAGAAGUCAAACGUGUCGAUCGAUUACAGUGCUUUUCCGAAUAAGUUAAUCGAGGAAUGUCGGUUGAUUGUAAAGGGCAAGGAGCUCUCCAGCUUGAUGGCGAAAUUCUAUGAUGUCUGUUGUGAGCUUUGUCAAGAUGCUUCCAGUGAACGGCUCAAGUUCUCGGACAUGGACGAGUAUGUGUCGCAUUGCAAAGAUACUCACGGUCUAAAAGCUCAAGUGAUAUGCUGUACGCAGAAAAUUACUAAGCCCCGCAUAAUGGCAAUGCACAUGGCACGACAUUUGCAACCGGAAGCGUUUAAGUGUCAAGAGUGCGGCAAGUUGAUGACGACUCCUAAAAUUUUGCAGUAUCAUAUACAAAACCAUCGGCCCGAGGAGGAACGCCCAUUGAAGUGCAAUAUUUGCCCUCGUCGUUUUUCGUAUGCCAGUGCGCUGAUGACACAUUGUCAGUCGCACCUUCCCGAGGAGGAUCGAACGCAACACGUUUGCGAUGAGUGUGGCAAAGGCUUCAGUAUUGCCAAGAGACUUACGGAGCACUUCCAUACAGUGCACUGUAGAACUGAGCCACUUCAAUCAUACGUUUGUCACGUUUGCGCUAAACAAUUUACAUCCAAGAGCAAUUUGACUUAUCAUCUAACAACGCAUCAACCGAAAAUUCAUCAGGUGCAGUGCGAACAGUGUAAGAAGUGGCUCAAGAAUAAAUUGUGUCUGCGGAAGCAUAUGGUUCAGCAUUCAAUGGUACGUCACAAAUGCAAUCUUUGCGAUUAUUCUGCCGCCAACAUGCAGUGUCUGAGAAACCAUAUGCGAGUGCAGCAUACUGAUCUUAAGCCGUUUGCCUGUGAUGUGUGCGGUAAGACGUUCAAGUUGAAAAACACCUUGUUGAAUCACCAUGUGCAGCACACGGGGGUAAAGAAGUUUUGCUGUGAAUUUUGCUCGCGAACUUUCGCUUCCAGUGGAAAUUACUAUGCGCAUCGAAAGCGGAUGCAUCCCCAAGAAUUGCAUGUACAGAAAAUGCGAAAACAAGCGGAAGAGGAUGAGUUUCGUUCAAAAACACUCUUCACUGAGGCUACAUGAGCUACCGUUCUUUCGAGGACAAAACGUGCAAUUUCUUUAUAUAGAUCGUUAAUAACAAGGUACGUCUUCAUCGUGAUAAAUAUAUUUAAUUCAUCGAGAACGGAGAUUUAGAUUUCACGAAUACACCGUUGAUAAUACGCUUCUCUACGUAAGAAUGCAGACAAACGGAGCAGCAAAUUCCACUAAAUUGUAUUACGGCACGAACAGAAUCAACGGUUUAUUCAGCCUUUACUUCCUUGAAUUUACCGCCGUAGAAUGGGAUGUAUGCCACGAUCACUUUCCAAUCGGUGAGGUAGAGUCCGAAGAGAGAAGCAGUAGCACCGAAUCCCAUCGCUGACGAGAGCCUGAAAUAUAUAGCAACAGUAUUGAUAAGUGCAUCUAAUCGUAUAUGUUCAUUAUUUGUGUUAUUAUCAUCAUCAUCAUUAUUUAUUUAUUACAUUCA